AUGGAAAACCAAUAUGAUGUACCUUCUCCUGUUUACACCAUAUUUCCCUCGGUAAAUACUUCCCCUAUUCAAUUACACUCGAUGAUUCAUUCCGACACGAUAAUAUCUUCGAAUCCUUGCACGGGAGGCUUUAUGUUACCUAGCCCAAAACCUAAUGGUGGUAUUUUGUUGACCGUUUUUCAUUUUGUAUCAACUACCAAUCCUUAUGAUAGUAGCUAUCCGCCGACGCCAACUACUCCUCGUAAUGAAUCUUUUUUUCCGAUGACUCCUCCGAUUGAAACAAAUCCUGCUAUUUAUUAUGAUCGGGGUCAAUACCUCCUCCAUUUUGCAAAACCUCGUGAUCCAUUUCAAGCGUUUAAAAAUUUCGUGAUUGCCACGAAUUUAGGUUCACUGCGUGCAAAACACCAAGUUGCUUAUUGCUUGCAACAUGGUAUUGGUGUGGAAAAAGAUGAAAAAAAAGCCGUUGAAAUCUAUUUAGAAACUGCCAAUUCUGAUCCUCCAAUUGCUGCUAGUUUAUGUCAAUUAGGAAUCUGUUUUCAGAUUGGCAUUGGCGUUGAAGUAGAUCCUUCGCGUGCUGUUAAAUAUUAUGAACGCGCUGUCCAUAUCGGAAAUCCGGACGCAAUGUUCAACCUUGCUUACUGUCUUCGUCGUGGCAUUGGCACGCCUGUUGAUUGUCAGCAUGCCUAUAAUCUUUACCUGCGUCUUGCGGAGUUAGGUGACCCGCAAGGUAUGAAAUUUGCCGGAAAUUGUUAUUCCGCUGGAAUAGGUACUCCCAAAAAUGACGCUGAAGCUUUCAAGUGGUUUCAUCGGUCAAGUGAGUGUGAUCACUAUUGGGGCGGUAAAAUGGAAUACGCGUUAUUACUUUACGAAAGUGCCAUGUCUGCUAUUGAACUUGGCCAUGUUGCUCUCGACUUUGCUGCCCCGAACUUUUGUGAAGCUUUCCACUUGAUACGCGAAGUAUGCGAAAAUUUCCCCUCUUGUCCUGGUCUUAAUAAAUUAAUGCUGGGUAAAUUUUAUCAUUUUGGCAUCGGAUGCCAAAAAGAUUUUCAAAAAGCUUUACAGUGGUACGAGAAGGCUUUAAAAAGUUACUUCAUGACUACCCAAUCUUUGAGGGAAUGUGAAUCAUUAAUCAAUGACAUCCGUCAAAGCUUUGAUUCUUCAUUAUCGACAGCCAUUAAAAAUGAAAUAUUAAUAGGAGGGUUUUGA